ACGCCCAGCCAGUGUUGCACAACGGCCAACGACACGCAGCUGUUCCAAGGAGACAAGUCAUGAGCAAAAAAAUUGCUUUUUAGCAUUGAAUUAGUGUUAGUCUCCUUUAAAUCGAUUGCUAGCCCGUGGCCAGAGGAGCAGCAAGGAUGCAGCGUGGCCAGGCGGACCAGAAGGCAGCCAGGAUGCAUUCCCACACCGAUUUGCAGCACUCGGUGGAGAAAGAGGACAAUAGCAAUGAAAUGACCACAACAACAACAUCCAGUGCUCGGGUGGCGGCCAGCAGCAGUGCCACGCCCACCGGGGCAGCGGGCGGCGGCGGAGGAGGAGCCAGUGGAGCACCCACUCCGCCCAAGAGUCUGGCCCUGAACCAGAAUCACCAGCACCAGCAUCACCACCACUACGCACCCGGUUCGGACACCUCCGGGGAACAGGAGGAGGAGCUGCUGGACUCGCGCUACGAAUGCGCCAUCUGCAUCGAUUGGCUGAACGAGCCGGUGCUCACGUCCUGCGGGCAUCGCUUCUGCCGCAGCUGUCUGUCCGCCUGGAUGCAGAAGAACAACCAGUGCUGCCCCAUGGACAACAAGCGGCUGUCCGCCGAGCACGACAUAUUUCCCGACAACUACACGCGCCGCGAGAUCGAGCAACUGAAGCGGGACUGCCCCAAUUCCUCGCUGGGCUGCUCGGUGGUGGCCUCGCCCAUCGAACUGCACCGCCACCUGCCCAGCUGCCCCUAUCGGCGGCAGCAGGAGCCGCAGGAGGAGAAGUGCCCGUUUGCCAAGAUCAAGUGCGACUUUGUGGGUCGCCCGGAGACGAAUCAGUUGGAGGAGCACCUCAAGGCGGACAUGCCGCACCAUAUGCAGCUCAUGCUGCAGGCCUUCCAGCAAACGGCCAUUGCCACCUGGCAGCCGCACAAGCCCAGCACCAGUAGCACCGCCAUGGAGAACGGACAUGGACAUGGACAGCUGCCCCCACCGCCGCAAUAUGCCAAUGGUGUGGACGAGCAGAUUGUGCAGACCAUGUACCAGCGGAUUGUGGUGCUGGAGCAGAGGACCCGCGAGCAGGAGACCCGGCUGGAGAACAUGCAGAAGCAGCUGCGACUGGCCCGCCAACAGCAGGCGCCCGUGGAUCCGCGCUACAGCAACGGCACGAUUGUGUGGCGCAUCGAGCAACUGGGCGCCCUGGUGGCCCGCCUGCGGGCCAAUGCCAACAACCAGGUGUACUCGCACGAGUGCUACACCUCGCCGCAUGGCUACAAGUUCUGUGCCCGGCUGAACAUCCAGCCGCGGAAGCCACAUGUGCUCAGCUUGCAUGUGCAUCUGAUGCAGUCGGAGAACGACUACCACUUGGACUGGCCCUUCAAGGGACGCAUCAAGCUGUGCAUGGUCCAUCCGGCGGAUGCGACGCUGUCGCAGCACGACACCAUCAUGACCAAGCCGGAGAUCAUGGCUUUCUAUCAGCCACGCGAGGCGAUCUGCACGCGAGGAUUCGGCUUCCUGGAGUAUGCCAACAUAUCGAACAUCAUUCAGCUGGGAUUCUGCGCCGACGAUCGGCUGCUCAUCAAGAUCGAGAUCAAUAUUGUGUGAGAUCGGACGAGCACACCGGAAACUGGGGUGGCAGUAAAGUCUUCCGAUUGAGUUACGUUUACACCAAGGUGGAGCAAAUCGUAGGGCCCUACAGGUAAUCUCAGCAAGUUGGGAAAGAAAUCGAUGAAUUAGGUUGAAAAGUCAUUCUUUUUAUCAUUUAAAUACUUAAAGUUUGCUAAAACUACUUGAAUUUCAUAUUUAAAAACAAUGAAAAUGGUAAAUGCCCUUUGUGAAGAGUACUAAGCUUAUAGUUGACCCAUUAUUGCCAAGGCGAAAUUAAUCAAAACUAUAGUAGAUAACAAUGCGACCCUGCGAUUUGUGUGGAAAUAGUCGAUCCACUUUAGUGAACACGUACGCCAACGUACAAUAUGCAAUAACCAAUAGCUUACACGUAUAUAUUUUAUAUAUACCUAUAUAUAUAGUAUACAAGCGACCGCUAAUAGUCAACGUCUAGCCGGCAUCACAUUGAGCAAUUGCAAUGAUAUUCCAAUACUAAUCGAUAUUAUCUAUCCUAGAACUGUAUCUUAUUCUCACUUUUUUUCACUAGUUAUCAAUUACUUUUUGUGUAGCAAUCAAAUGUCAUUGUACAUCACGUAAAAGGCCGGGGAAAUUGGGCCAAUAAUUAGAGAUUGUAAUCGUGCUUAGAUUUCCCCGAGUUUCCUUAUCUCAGUGCAUUUAAACACUAUAUUAAUCUUUAGUUUUCAAAACAUUCCCAUCAAUUUGAUUGAUUUUAGCUAUUAAUAACUGAGUACGUCCAUUUAGCAAAAUGUUUAAUAUUUUUUUUGCCUAGUUUACUUAAAAUUCCAUUUAUAUUUACGGUAGGCUUACAUUUCUCAGUUUAUGGUUUUGAAAAACUAAUUACGAGUCUAAAAAUAUGUACCUUUUCUAAACAACGAAGGAGCUAGAAAAUAACUUUUUACUUUAAACGUAAUAUGCCUCUGUUUAUAAACUCAAAAUUAGUUUGGAAUAAGAAAAAGGCUGUAUGUAUUAUUUUAACCCCAAUAUAUAUAUAUUUAAUAGUAGAUCAUAACGAUAUGUACUAAUGUUUAGACCUAAGAAUCUCGGGUAGAACGCAAGAGCUGUUUUAUCUGGGUUCCGAUUCCCGACAGGAUAGACUCUUCUCCGCUUAGGAAUCAACAUCCCCAAUAAAGGACACUUUUGUACCGCCAA